AUGGCGUCGCCACGUAACAACCUGCUGCCACAGGGAGUUUCGCAAGCGACGAGAUCGACGGCUACUCUGUGCACACCACCGCCGGCUCUUGCAACGCCGCAGGUGGUAGUGCCCGAGUUCGAUAGCCUGACUGAGGCGAGAGAGUGGUUUGAUGCAUUCGAGAGGGAUGCGGCGAAAUGGAGGCGGCAGCAAGAAGUGCAGACCAGCAAGCAUAGGGGGACUGAAGCCGGUUUCGGCGAGACAGCAGCUAUCCAGCAGCACGACUUGCGUUCACCAUCCGAAAGCCUGGCUGAGCGAGUGACACCCGCGGCGUUUAUAGCGUCGACGGAGACAUUCACCCAGACCAGCACGGAGGCGACCGCUCCGAUUGUCGAUAGACUACCCACGCCGGUCACCUUGACUGGGUACAAUGUCGACAAUACGCAGAGUAGAGUUCGGUGGGUCGAGGACCGACGGAGUGAGGGGGAGAGGAGAGCGGCGGAGAUCAGGGCCGAGUUUGCACGCGGGAAGCAGGAAGCUGCGGAACGCUGUCGACUGCGGCUGGAGGAGGCGGAACGUCGUCGCCAACAACGCGAAGCUUUUGAGUUAGCGGAGAAGGCCCGUCGGGAUGCAGAGUGUGAGGCUCAGCGACCUCGUAUCGACAGGAUGUUGGACGAGGCUAUCGUUGAGGCCGAGCAAAGGGCACGUGAGCUCCGACGAGAGCGAGAGCGCGAGCAGAUGAUGGACAUAGCGGUUGCCAAGACCAAGGCAGUCGUUCGACAUGCCAUGGAGACUGCAGAGCGUGAGAUCGCGGCGGAGCAGCAGGCCAAGGAGUCCGAGGAGCUCGCCGCCAGGGUUGAAUCCUGGCAGGCUGACCACCCGGCUUGGAUCCGUCCGAACAAGCCCAAGUUCGUCAUGCCCAUCCGACCAGAGAUCGUUCUGCGUCGAUGCGGUGAGAUUGAGCGGGCAGAGGAGAUUGAACGAAAACGCGAGGCGGGCAAGGGCAAAGCGUUCCCAUUUGCCAGACCACGAAACCGGACUUCCCAGCCACUCGCGUCUAGUUCACCAGCACAAGAGGCCUCACCAUUGCCACGGUAUCCCGUGCAACGGCAGCAGGUUCUCGAGGAGGCACCACCACCACCACCACCGGUUACGGUCUUAGAACCGUCGACCCAGUAUCCUGGACGACGACAAUGGGGUCACAGAGCCAAACCUUUCCGCGAGCGCCUGGCUCAGAUGAAGCUCAACGAGAACAUCGCUUUCCGUUCCGAGCCCACCCUACCAUCCACUGAAGCGGCGUCCGAUGCCGUGAAUGCAGUGGAGGAGGCCGGAGAUGCGAAUGUGGAGGAGUUGUCCGACGUUAUCGAUGACACCCGACACUUCGUAGAAUGGGAGCAGCGCUUCGAGCAGGCAGUGGCACUUUGA